AUCCUCACUGUGAAUAUUAUUCCUUGUGUAACUGGUGUUAUCGACGCAUGGCUAGACCAAUGGCAAAUCAUUUUAGAAAUUGUUUGGGCACAGCUGUCCAAUCAACGCCCUAGUCCCGCCCCUUCUCGCGAGGGUGAACUGUUGUCUGUCUGCUUUCAGUCCGGCUUGUUCAGAAGCAGGUUAGUCCAUUUCUGAGACAUUUUUCUCGCUUCAUAUAAAGAAAGAACUUAACAAAAGACAAUGAACAGUUUAAUCAGAACAACUGCGAGGUGUCUGCGGUCGGGGGCGGCAGUCUAUCUCCCCAGACAGGCCGACAGACGCGUGUUGUCGGCCCCGGCCCGGUUCCUGUGCGCGGCGGCGGACCUCCAGAAAGACCUUGCUGAGAUGGUGAAGAAGGACAAAGUGGUGGUGUUCAUGAAGGGGACGCCUGCACAGCCCAUGUGUGGCUUCAGUAAUGCCGUGGUUCAGAUCCUGCGGAUGCAUGGUGUGGACCAAUAUGCUGCGUACAACGUAUUAGAGGACUCCGAGCUCAGAGAAGGAGUCAAGGCCUUCUCCAACUGGCCCACCAUCCCUCAGGUGUACUUCAGCGGAGAGUUCGUGGGCGGCUGCGACAUCCUGCUCCAGAUGCACCAGAACGGAGACCUGGUGGACGAGCUAAAGAAGCUGGGCAUCAGCUCUGCACUGCUGGAGGCUGAGAAAGAGUCAAAGUAGAGGGAAAGGAUGAACUCCAAACAGCUGAGACAGAGGACACAUUAAUCAGGUUUAAUCCCCCACUCAGACGAUCAGAUGAAUCAACUCUUUAGGCAGACGUACGUUAAAGUGACUCACCUUUCUGGCCAAGCAGGCUCAGCUGGAGUGCAGAUGACCAUUGGAAGUAGUUUUGAGGCAGCACUGUAUCUUAAGUCAUGGAUGUUUUACCAUAGUCUAUGCACAUACCAUACAGAGUUUCUGCUGUACUGCUUAUACUCUACAUUUGCACAGAUACUAUAUCUGACAGGUGAGGACAGUGUCUUAACAGGAAUCCAAAAUCAGAUUUUCAUAACUCUCGACCUACAUUACAUGGUUAUAUUCUCUUUUAAAGCUGAUUCUUUUGGCCAUUUCUGGUCUUUGGAAACUAGUUGCAAUCCUAAGAUAUUAUCAGCUUUUAAGUUGAUCAGGCAAACGAACCAAACAAACCAAAACAGCCAAGGUUGGGGGCCAGAAAACCAAAACAGUGAGCUCAAAGAUGCUAUGAAGCUUCGUGGCUGGGGAAACUGUCAGCUCAUAAUUCUCUUUGGCUUUUUCACAUUACAGUCAUGAGAUCCAUUUUUGUUAUUUAACAUAUUAAUCAAGCAGCUUAAAUAUUUCUCUCACACAAAGCAACUACAAGGACCUUUUCUAAUGCUGAUCAGCUGCCUCAGUAUGAUCUCAAAAAGCACACUAAAACAAUCGGCAAGAAUACUGGCUGUUUCUAUCGAGUUGUUCUUAAUAGGUGCCACAGGGUCAGAUUCUGACUAAAUCAUGCAGCUUCUCCUGGAAGAUAAUACAGAGAGAGAGACACACUGCUGGCAGCCCCCUCUGUGUUGAGGCAUGGGAGAUCCAGAACCAGGACCAUGUGGGCUGUCAGACUCACUUCAGGUUUUCUAACAGCAGUCUGGUGCUCGUGGAAACUCUCUUUUGUCCACAGGUGUCGCCAAACUCAACACAAAAUGACAUUUCCUUGUAGCCGCUUUAACACAUGGAACUUACAGCAAUUACUUAAAUAUUAGCUAAUACUAUCUUAUAAUAAAUUGUAUCAAAAAUCCAUACCAGCAAAGUUGUUGAGACUUUUUAGUGAAGGAAACAGUAAUGAGAAGUCCAACUAUAACCCGCUGUUAGAGACAUCAUUUCACAUCGACUUCUACUGCCGGAGGGACACGGUCAGGUCCCCUCACUGUGCUUUAAUCAGUUUACACUAAAAGCCCUCUAAAGCCCUGCUACCUCCGCUGUCCACCUUUUCUCCAAAUCACAGUCAGUUUAAGACCAAAUGAGCCUCAGGGUGCACUAAGACUAAAUUAAGAUCUUUAUAUCGCUGCUUGGAUCCCACCAGGAAAAGAUUUCAUCACACGAAAAACUUUAUAAAAUGCACUGCCUGCAACUACAGUAUACAAGAAGGAGGAACAAAGAGGAGACAAUACUGAUGUUUAUAUGCUAGGGAUUAAUGAAGCUAGUUCUAUAAAUGUGUUUUAGUUUAAUAUAUGUUCAGUUACAGCUCUUUAAUGGAUUUCUAGUGGAGGUUAUAGACAUGGACCACACCUCAGUGACCUCAUAACACACAUGCACUGUCAGUAUGAUUGAGCCCACACUAUUGUCCCUGUUUGUUCUUCCUGCCACAAACACAUUGUGUCCCCUCUGUAUCGAUGCCUACAUUCGCUGAAACGCAACAAACAUGCCAUGAGACCUUUUUCACUUUUUCCUGAGAAUGGCUGAUAUAAUACAGCACAUUUGGACAAACAUAGGCAGUUAUAUUUGCUGGUUUUUAUGCCUGUCCGGGUCUGUGGUAUUUGUCAAUUUAUUACUGAAGGAAAAGAUGUUUUUUUGUUUUUUUUUUGGAUGGGUGCAGAGUGUGAACCCAAGAACCCCUGACAUUUAUUAACCCUAGAUGUUCCUCCUGCUGCACACAGUUGUAUUAUCAAAGCAAUGGUCAUGUAGUACACUGUAACAUAUUGUACAUUGGAAGCAUAUUAUUAAAUGUAUUUUAGCUGCAUGUAAACCCUGCACCGAUUAAAUAUUUUGACACAAAUAACAA